CAUUUUCCCGGGCCUCUUGUUCUCUUUAUUCGAAGCAGGAAAAAAAAGGAAAGGAGUGACAAACGAGAACUCGACAUCUCACACACAUUCCUUGCAUCAGUCAAUCGUUGAAUUUCGGUAGAUAUGGCCAUGUUCUUUGGACGUAAGGCGGCUGUGGCGCCGCUGGACCCGACCGAUCGGGUGCUGCCGCUUCACUUCUUUGAGAGCAGCGUGCUGGUGCAGAACAGCAACAUGGCUGUGUCCAUAGUGUUUGACGAGGUGUUGGAUCCGGAGAAGCUGAAGAUACCCCUUGAGAGCCUGGUGAAGCGAGAUGGGUGGCAGAGGCUGGGAGGUCGGUUGAGGAAGAACGCUGCAGGCAAAACCGAAUGGCACAUUCCCCAGAAGUUCACGGCCGAGCGUCCGGCAAUCAACUAUGUUCACGUCGACCACGGCAUGCCUGCCUCGGCUCACCCAGCCGCCUCCAAGAUCCCCGUCCCAAGCGACCGUCCCUGUGUUGUCGGCGACCCUGACCUGCUGGCAGACCUCGCCUGGGAAGCCGGCUACACGCCCAACGGUAUCACCGACUACCUCACCGAAGAUAAGCCCGUCCUCGGCCUGCGCGUCAACUCCUUCACCGACAAAACCGUAGUUGUCCUCCAAUGGCAACACGUCACCUUCGAUGCGCUCGGCCUACAAUAUGUGGUGGAUGCGUGGCAGUUGAUCCUCCACGGAAGGGAGAACGAAGUCCUCACGCCGUGUGGCAUCGAUGGGGACCCGUUUGACCCCCUUGCCACGGGCUCGGCUGUGGCUACCGAGGAGCAUGUCCUCAACGACCGACGUGUCGGGAUGGGCGGUAUCCUCAAAUGGGGUCUCGGAUAUGGUGUUGACAUGGUCCUGCGAGCAAAGGAUAACGGCAUGGUGUGCAUCCCGGAGAGCUACUGGAGGCCACAAUAUGAGAAGGCACUCGAUGAUUUGCGGGCCGAGGCGAUCGAGAAGGGUGAAGACCCAGGCAAGGUGUUCCUGACCGAGAACGACGUCAUCACGGCGUGGAUCAUGAGAUGCGUCGUUGAGUCCAUGGGAAUGGACCCCAACCGCACCGUUGCCGGAUCGAUUGCCAUGUCCCUCCGUAAGGCGUUUGAAGGCGACCUAAUCCCAUAUGCUUCCGAGGCCCCUUAUGUCGGCAACGCUUUCGGCUGGGGUAACGUGCUGGUCACUGCCGGGGAUGUGUCGACUAAGCCGUUGAGCUGGGUAGCACGCCAGGUCCGCCGGGCGAUCAACGAGCAGGGCACUCGGCAGCAGCACAUGGCGUACUACAACAUGGUGCGGACAUCCAAUACAGGUCUGCCCAUCAUCAUCUUUGGCGACGGUGGCAUGUACCAGAUCGGCUUCUCCAACUGGUCCAAGGCGAACCUGUUCGAGGUCGACUUUUCUCCAGCUCGCAGGGAGGCGAAGGAUGCGCAGUGCCGGCCUUCGUAUGUGCAGGAGAACCACGGACCGGCCAAGCCUUGUGAUGGCUUCUUCAUCCUAGGCAAGGACCCCAAGGGGAACUACUGGACCGCGGCGUGCAAGCUCAAGGGCCAGUGGAUCAAGUUCCAGGAGCAGUUGGAUAAGAACUUUGCGGCGGGCCGUUAAGGUGGAUGAUGUCGACCCCGGGUAGGUUGGCGGGUGAGGUGGUCAGCUGAUGAUGUUUAAGAACUGUAACUUGUAAUAGAUAAUGAUUUUGCUCCACUGCGUGGUUGGUGCCCAUGGUCAACAAUAUGCUCC